AUCAAGCACAGUAUUCAGAAUUAAUGAAUACGUCUUUUAAUGUUCUUUUAUCCAUAUAUAGAUCAGAAGAAUGUUGUAGGAAUGGUUGAGAAUAUUGUUAGGUACAGAUGGACCCUAAAAUUAGAAAUAUGUUUAUCAUAUUUAUAACACUGAAACAUAAGCACCUGCUUUAUGACAGUCUGUAAAGUACAAAAGGAUUCCAUAUUGUUUAUACAACUUCUUCUUGAGGUUUGAGUUACACAGAAAGUUAGGGUCAGCAUGCAGAUUUUUACCAUGGAUAGAAGCCUGAAUUGAGGGGAAUAGCUGUAUGAUUGUAUUACUGUAAUACAUUUCAAGCUCUUGCAUGAGAGAGAGAUAAAAGCGGGAGCUUCCUGUUAGAGAUGCUGAAGGAUUUUGCUCCUAACAGCAGGGAAAUGGUGGUGGCCAGUUGCAGCAAGGAAUGCUUCAAACUGCUGUCUGCUCUUCUGUUCUGGUCCCAGGGACCACGAGGCAGGAAGCAGUUUCACAGAGUGGUGGGAAGGACAGCUGUUAUAAUAUGAUGCAGUGUGUUGCUGCUGGGCAUCAGAUUGUUGCUCUAGCCAACUUAAGACCUGCUGAAACCACAGGGCAGAGUGAUGAAUUGGACAGCUAUAUGUAUCAGACAGUAGGACACCAUGCCAUUGAUCUAUAUGCUGAUGCAAUGGAUUUGCCACUCUAUCGUUGCUUCAUAAAGGGUACCAGCAUAAAUACUGGAAGAGUGUAUACAACGUGUCAGGAAGAUGAGGUUGAAGACCUUUACCACCUCUUGAAACUUGUUAAGGACAAAGAAGCAGUGGAGGGUGUGUCUGUAGGAGCUAUUCUUUCUGACUACCAGAGAGUUCGAGUUGAAGAUGUAUGCAGAAGACUUAAUCUUCAACCUUUAGCUUACCUUUGGCGUCGGAGGGAGGAAAUACUGCUUAAAGAAAUGAUAUCAUCUAACAUUGAAGCCAUAAUCAUAAAAGUGGCAGCUUUUGGUUUAGAUCCAGACAAGCAUCUUGGAAAAACAUUGGAUCAAAUGGAGCCUUAUCUUUUGGAGGUUUCUGAGAAAUAUGGUGUCCACAUUUGCGGAGAAGGUGGAGAAUAUGAAACAUUCACUCUGGACUGCCCUCUAUUUAAGAAGAAAAUAGUUGUAGAUUCUGCAAAAGUGGUUAUGCAUUCAGCUGAUGCAUUUGCACCUGUGGCCUACCUUCAUUUUCUGGAAAUGCACCUGGAGGAUAAGGAGAAAUCUUCAGAUACAUUUAUGGGCAGUAGCUGCUCUUGUGAAGUAAUCUGCAACAACAGUGAUAGUUUAUCUUCUUCAGAACCGGAUGAGCAACAGAAUAUCAGUCCAAUCAUCGGGAAGACUUUGAAACAUAAUUCUUUGGAUUUCAGUAAGACAUUCAGAAGUUCAGGGAAAUCUGUGACUGGUUACCAGUGGUUUUCGUGCAUCACUGCACACUUUCAUCCAUUAAAAGACAAAAAUGCUCAAGAGGCAGCAAAGGAAGCAUUUUCGACUCUCCAAGCAAGUAUAACUUCAGAGGGAUUAAAACUGAAGGAUAUUAUUUUAGUUCAUCUGUAUAUGAAGAGCAUGAAAGAUUUCAAUGCUAUAAAUUCAGUUUAUGUGACAGAAUUUGAUUUGUGUCCACCGGCAAGAGUGUGUGUGGAAACCCUGUUGCCUGAUGGAGUAUUGUUUUGCAUUGAUUGCCUUGCACAUAGCUAUGACAUUGCAACAGAUGACGUAUUAAGUGAGGAAAAACUGGUCAUGCAUGUACAGAGUAUUUCCCAUUGGGCACCUGCUAGCAUAGGACCUUACAGUCAAUCCAUCAAGGUUGGAGAUAUUCUCUACUGUGCUGGACAGAUUGGCCUAGUACCAUGUACUAUGCAGCUUGUUAGUGGUGGUGUGUGGACUGAGGCCACAGUUGCUCUCAGUCAUGUUGAGAAAGUCCUCCAGGCUAUGAGCCAGAAGACUACGCUACUCCAUGUGAUCACAGCGAUCUGCUAUGUAACCGACAGCAAACACAUUCCUGUUGCUCAUUCUAUAUGGAAGAAGAAAUUAAGAGAUUGUAAAAAGGUUGAUGAUCCAGAAGCAUAUGGUGAAGUAGCUGCAGAGUGUGGGAUGCUUGCUGUGGUUGUUGUAACUAACUUACCUAGAGAUGCUGCCAUUGAAUGGCAUGUUACUGCAGUAGUUGAUGACCCACUCCACAGAAAACAUUUUGCAAAGAAGAUGUUAUCAGAGGGCUUCCAAAUUGAUUGUGAGUCUGUGAAGUCCAGUUCUGCAUCUUGUGCAUCAGUCUCUGUACGCCUGAGCUUGAUUUUACCUCCUACUUCUCAGCUUGAUUUAGAUGGACCUCUUCAUGACUUAGUUUCUAUGUUUGGACAAGCUGUUGAGAAACUUUCAGAAGAUUGCAGUACAAGUCCUUUGUCGUUUAGAGCUUUCUUCAAGAAGGAUGUCUUUGAUAUGGGAAUGUUACAAUCAGGUUAGUUUCUGUGCCCAGUUGGCUGCCAGAAAUUAUUUGCACUACUGAUCAAUGGUAGGUAAAGCUGUUUUUCAAAAAGAGAAGUGUUCUAAGAAAGUGAAUAAAGCAGGAAUGUUCUGAUCAUGAAAAUCUGAAACCUAAUGCAUGGAGUUUUAAAAAUGUUCUUCUCUUGAUAUGGCUGCCAGAACACAAAUGAUACUGAGAGAGCAGUUUUUCAGUUCCAAUUAUUAAUUCAUCUCAGGUAGUGCUGGUUGCUAACCAUCUGUAUGAUGAUCCAUUACUGACAUGUUUGAUCUUCAACAUGUGUUAGACAUUGCUAGUCCCACAAGUAGACCUGUCCUUUUGGAGUUUUCAACUACAAUCAGAUCCAUUGUCUGCUGGGGAAUGAUAAUAUUAAUAACCUAACAGGGGAUGCUAGACACUGCUUUUCAAAUAUUUUUAAUGCAAAGCACAUCAGACAGAUGUACCUGUAAUGGAAUAGAUAGAAAUUAUUAAAGAUAGGGAUGAGGAAAUAACUAUUCCUCCAGUCUUGCUGAAGUGCAGGUGGAAUUCCAUCAUGUCAUAAGAUUGGUAAAUAACCUAGAAGAAUUCUUGAAAGAGGUUGAAUUAUAGUGUAUUAUCUCUUCUACCAAAAGCACGAAAAUGAAAUAAUUACCUUUUUUUUCUUAGAGUAAAACUUAAAACCACUUGAGUGAAAGAAUGCUGCCACAGAUAAUCUCAAAUAAGCUUCUGAUGAGACUAAUGCUUUUUCUGAUGCAAAGAAAUUGAACAUUUAUUAGGAACAGUCCAAAUAAAUUAGAGAAGCCUGUUUGUACCUGACACAGUAAGAUGAGAACAAAGAAUACGUGUAUGUACAUAUAUGUAUGUAUAUCUAUAUACACUCUACUGUAACAGAUCAUUGGAAAUUGCUAUAGCAAGUGUUAAUUGAUGUCAAAAGAAGCUAAAGGUUUGUGAUGCAAAUUUGAGACAGAUAGCUUUCUGUCAUCCAAAGACCAGAUGUAAAGUUUUAUUGAACUAAGUGUAGUAUUGAUGGCAAACUUCUGAGAGGCAAUCCCUGCUAACAUAUGAGAGCAUUAUGGACACCAUGCUGAGACUGCAGAACGCAUAGAAGUAGGAGGAUUAGAUUAAGCUGACAUACGUAUUUAGUAAGAUGCGGUUAAGCCUUUAGAAGUCUUUAACAUAAAUUUGACUAUUUCUUUCUUGUUCUCAUUUAAAUAUGCAUUAAUAUAAAUGUGUCAGGAUGAUUUGCUAUACCAUCCAUUUGACUAGAUUAUACUUCAGUAUAGGGAAGUUGAAUGCUCAUAAAUCAUCCCAUUAUGAUUUCACAAGCCUUGUUCACAAGAUGUAUGCAAAAUAUUUUUGAAUAUUUAUUAGGGAGUAGAAAAGGUUCUGCAUUCACCAGAACAUCAUAUUACAUAAUCCCUUUUUAAUACUACAGAAAAAAUGAAGGGAGAAUAUAAAAACGCAAAAGCAAACAGGAAUAGAAAUACAGUCUGGUAUCAGCAAUAAAAUAAAUAUGUAACCAGUUUAAAAUGUGGCUCUAGUUUGUAAAUGCUUAGAACUAAAAGGCUGUUUGUACUCACACGUUUAUCAAGCUUCAGCUACACUACACUUAAUUUAACAAAAUAAAUAGAAUACCAAUUAAGUAGAGUUCAACCAGACUGGAAAAAAUCUUGCUUGAAAUGGGACUGUUUCUUCUGGAAACAGAAGCCCUUAUGAUUAGGCACUCACCUAGGAAUCCUUGCACAGAAUCAUGUCAAACUGCUUCUAAACUAAGCAUUCCAUUAAUUAAGAUACUGCAUUUUUAACACGCAUUUUUUUCUAGAUGUUUUCCAAAGUAUGGGGUUUCUAGUAUUGAUAGACAUAAGUUUUGCUGUGUAAAUCUUGGAGAAGUGGAAGUGCACCAGGGGCAGAUAAUGGUACAUUUUUUAACAACAUGUCUAUGUGCACUAAUCUUGCAAAAAAGUAAAGCUGAAUUAAUUGUUCAAUAUUUAUUUCCUUGUUUGUGCUAAAGGAACAUGUAGCAAAGCCAAGCAACUAAUGGGUAAUUACUGACAGACAUAUUUAAAAAAAAAAUAGAUUCAUAAUCCAAAUAUAUUUCUUGAUAUACGCAGUUUUAAUGUCCUGAUUAUCACAGCAGUUGCAACAUCAAAUCUAGAUUAAGAAGACAAGAUGUAAUUUCUAGUGAAGGUGUUGGAAACAACACCAGGAAUUAGUACUUCUGAGCCUUCUGAGAUUUGAAAGUAUGUUCUGAGGAAUUUGUCAAGGAAGUACCACAACCUUUCUUGUCUUACUGAGAUUAUCAGUUUACAAGAAUGAGGAAUUUCAUUUUUUAACAAAUAAGAAAACUUAUUCAAAGGAAGAUAUCAAUGACAAUAUAAGGUGCUAUGUAUGUAUAUGUACAAAUGUACAUAUCACAUUUAUAUAUGCAGUCUGUUUGUGUAAUUAUGAGUCUGAGAAAUCACAGAUGUAGACAUUUACAACUAUAUAUCUAGUUACAUAGUCAAAUAAUCUGUUUUUUCAAGGUUAUUUAUAGAAUGUAUAUUGGGCAAAACAAAUGGAAAUCAAGAACAAAAGUAAUUGAGUAGAUAGAAUGAUUUUAAGAAGUUUCUGCAGCUUUAACUCUCUGGUCAUUCUACAGAAAUAUGGGCAAGCAGCUCCAGUAGCAGCAAUGGCUUCAGAGGAACACAGUGUUUUUUAUCUUCUGUCUAGAUUUCAGCAUCGCUGAUGCAGUGAUUCUUGUGUACUUACUGUGUUUUUUCUUUAUUCAUUAAUAGUCCCUUAGCUACUAGUACAAUAAGAAUAAAGCAAAUGAGCAUGGAGUCAGACAUUCCAAGAAUAAGAGUGGAGAACAUGCAAACAGCAUUUUCAGCAUUGCAUCUCUCAUCACACAUGGAUCUAAUUGCAGAUGUGAUGCCACCUUUUGCCUUUCUUUGAGAUGAAAAUAUGACUACUUAUGAGGGGGGGAGUUCAGUACAGAUCUUACAGUUCUCUGUUUGUCCCUUUUUCAGUAGGUAGGGAAAGUGACACUAUAGAUUGCCUCAGUCCAGAAGAAAAUUCUAGUUGCUUUUUUGCCAUAAGAUAAACCAGUGUAACUCAGUGAGUGAAUUUCAGUAUUGAAAUUAAUAGGAGUUAAGAGUAAUAACAUGCUCAAAACCACAUUCCAGUAACUUCCAAGAUUUAUCUUGUAGCUUCAGAACAACACACGUCAAAAAUUUAAAUAUUCUAUCAGAUUAUCCAGCUGUUAAUCUACAAGUGAUCCCUACAGCAUAGUUUCAGGGGGUUAAAUUAUUGCCUACUUUUCAGGUCGGAAUGAUGACCUUUUCCCGUUCCCUUAAAAUAUCUGAGAGUCUAUAAAAGGACACCCUUUCAACAUUCAGCUGUUUAGUCCAUUUUUUAAAGUUUUCUUUAAUCUUGUUCUUAUUUUUCUUUGAUCCCAAUGUCCAUAGCUUUAAUCAUACCUGCUAGUUCCUGUUUCAGUUUGUUACCUGUGAAACACAGAUACUCCUUUUUCUUCCUGUUAACAUCCUUCAGAUAUUCAUAGGCCACUAUCAAGUUCUUCUCUGCAAUCAGCCAUACAGAUGUUGCUAUAUCAAAGCAAGCUGUUCACAAUCAACUAUUUCUUUCAUUACCAGUGUUUUUUCCUUUUCUUUGGAACCAUUUUGGUAUGUUACGUAGUUAAUGCAUUGUGCAGAACUGAAGGCAAUUUUUUUCUACAUUUUGUACUAAUUAGGAGAGCACUUAUGAUAGGCUACAAUUUGUGGUUAGAAAUAAAUUUGAUUUGUAUCUGACCAUCUUUGCAAUCAUUGCUUAAUGAGGUAGUUGUUGUGGCCAACAGAUAAUUUGGCCACACAUAAAUAUUUUUAAAAUAUCAUGAUGCUGUCUGAAGAAGACUAAAACCUGAGCCAGUUUUUCUACCAAAUCUUAUUAAUGUAGGCUAAAAGAAAAAUCUGAGAAUUUGCCAAACUGAAAGAGGAAAAUUUCACUAUACCUUCUUUGGUUUUUUUGGUUUUUCUGUUAAGAGAACAAAGAAUAUUUCAAGUAUAAUUCUUCAAGCAGCAGAACUAUGUUGCUACUCAAAAAAUAGAGGAAAAAAAAAAACAGUUAAAUUAGUCCUUGGGGAAAUGAAUCAGACUAUAAUAUAUAUAAGCAAUUAGGAAACACUGACGUGAUUCAUGAGUGUGUUUGAAAUGACAUUUUAAAAGGGUAAAAGCAGUUAAAUUUGGUCUUGGGCUACAGAGGUGGCUUUGUAAUCUUGUUAUUGUUAUCCAAAAUAUCCAGCUGAAGGACCUAAUAUAUUAAAUUACUGCUAAAAGGCUGGAAGUUUUUGUAUCUGUUUUCAAGGCUAUGUUGUUACUAUACCUACUACACUUCACUGUGAACAUCUCAUAAAAAUAUGGGGAAAUAAUUUGUUGGUUUUCAAAGACUUGCAGAUAUUUUUUUUUUAAAUAAUGCUGCUUCUUGAAUGAAUUUUCAUAGGAAAAUGUAUUAUACCUGGACUCACUUUAAAGUAUAUUAAGUUCCUAUUUCAGAGCAGUGGCCUUUUUUCUUUUAGAAUAAGAAAUUCAUUUUCUAAUCACUUGGUGCCUAGGGCAAGUACCAAAGUUGGAGCUUCUUCUUACUCCAAGCAUGUGAUAUCUGAAGGUUAUGUAUUCCAUAGCUGUAUAUGGAAACCUUGGCUAAAACUUUAAAUUGAAAUAAGUUCUUUAACUGAUUCACUCAAUGUUGGAAUAAACACUUUGAUACAGAGCUAUACCAAUGCAGUUGUUUUAGAGCUACCUGUGUACAAUCUCACAUUUCUUUCUGAAUUCUGCUACUGAAAUCUAAGAUAGAUUUAUAGGUUAUUUUGUGCUCACUACCAUGUUUUCACAUUAUGUGUUUUUGAGUUUUUCAGCAAAGGAAUCAGUAAUGUUUCUCUUCUUGUUUUCUUUUUCUUUGCUCUCUUUUUCUAUUUUUUUCCCCUCAUUGAAACAGAUUAAUAGAUGAUAAUACUUUUUGAUAAAGAGAAUAUGGCACUAAGGAGACUCAAUACAUUUAUGUAGGUAAACUUAAAGAUAAGCUCUGCAUAUAAAUGCAAUCCAUUCCAUUAAUUCAUUCCUAUCAGAGAUGUGUUCUUCUUCUGAAAAAUACAAAACACUUUAUUAGUUUUUAUCAUUAAGUAGCAAUAAAAAGCAUAAUAGUGAGAUUCUUAAUUAUCAGAUUCCUUGAGAGAAACGUCCAUACUUGUCCUUAAAGUCAGAUUAUUUUCAUUUUUACAGACCAAAAGCUUAUAUUUUCACAUUUUUUGAGCUCUAUGAGUUACUAGUAAGGAAGAACAACUUCAUCUUUAUCAGGUGAUUUUGGAGGCUUUUUCUUUAUUUAAAAGUAUUUUUUAUUUUUGCCCUGUUAUCUCUUCAACAUUUUCAUAUCAGUACUGUAAAUUCAAAGUGUGCAGGAAAGCAUAAAAAGUAAAGCAGUACAAGUUUGAGUAAAGUAGACAGCAAUUACAUAGUGUAUUUUUUUGUGUGCUGUCUCUCAGGGCAAUGAUGGAAUUGUCUGGUAUAAAGUUGUAUGCUGUAUGACUGGAGAAUUUUGAUUAAGAAUAUUUUUGCAAGCUAAUGACUCAGCGAAGGGUAGAUUUGUUGCUCUUGCAAACAUUUGUCAUAUUAUAUAGACAUUUAGGUUCGUAAGGUUCUUAAGAUAUUGGCAGAUGCUAAUGAAAGUUAGAUUGGUACAUGAUCUCAUGCAUAUUUCUUUCAUUAUUUUCUGGCUGAAUUCCUAGGCUAUUUCAUAAAAUUGGAUUAUUAUUCCCUAAAUAUAUAUAAUAAAAAUAAUAUGUAAGAAGAAAUAAUCUUUUUUAUUCUGUAUUGUGCUAUUCUGCUUCACAGAAAUUCUUCAAAAGAGGCAAUAUGUAGUGUAACUGUGAAUAAACUUUAUUUGUGGUUGUGGCCAACAACGUCAGUGAUGUGACUGUAGUAUUAUGUCUCACUGAAAUCUUAAAAAACGUUGUUUUCUUAGGUUGGAAAAGAAGAUAGAUAUUCACAUCUAUGGGUCUGAAAAUAAUUGCCACAAUAUUGCUUUUGCAGUUUUUUUCUGAAAAUUUUAUUGAUGAAGCUGAUUGAAAUGUAUAGUUCAUAUCUUACUUCCUUAACUGGCAUUUAAGCAUUAUUAUAUAUCUUUAUUUAAAAAGUAAAGCAAAGGAAUUAAAAACAAAACAAAUGCAUCUCUUUUUAAAAGUAUUUUCCCUUAUAUAGAACUAAAAUGUAAAGUUGUCUCCAGAGCACUGAAUAAUUGAGAGAGAUGAAAAAAAGAACUCCAAAAAAUAUACAUUAUUAGAUCUAUUUUCCUGGUGUAUUAUUCUCUUCAGUAUGAUUCAGUAUACAAGCUAUUGGGUUGAAACAGCAUCUCACUUGUUUUACUCUCAAGAAUAUCACAUCCAUACAUUGAUGCUGUGGAUGUACAUUUGAAAUAUACAAAUAGCAUUUUGUUUGUGGCACAAAAGCAUUAAGUGACUUGCUAUCUUCAUACAAAAUGGUAAAAUUAUACAGCUUUAUUUUUCCUGAAGCUCUUGGCUGAAGUUACAGAUGCUAGGCAACUUUCAAAGUCAGGUGCUGUUUAUAGGAAGCGUUCUAGUGAGACCAGGUAAGUAGAGCACUGAAGAAAUGUUCAUUGAAAUGCAUGCCUUGUUUCAGAAGGAGCUAUGAGAUCAAAUCUGUUUUGAGAUUGCUCUUCUAUUGGGUAUAACUAUAUAAUUUUAGAAGUGUCAAGGGAUCUUGUCAUUUCUAUAGUGAGCAUGAAUAAUUGAAGUAUGCCUAAGGUAUUUUCUACAAAUACAUACAUGAAGAUAAAUAUGUUCUAAUUUAGCUGAUUACUCUAUUUUUUCUUUGCAUUAGCUGCAUAGAAUGUGAUUGGAAUUAUUUUCUUUCAUAACAUGUAGCAUAGCUUACCUGCUGUGAUUUAAUCAGGUAUUUUGGUCACUCAAACUAUAACAGUAACAUAAAUAAUCAGGAUCUCUAUCUUUAGAUUAGGCCUUUUAAAGUUUACUUUUCUUCUAAAUUCAAACAUCUUUUUUUGUUGGUAAUUGUCUUUAACCAUCUUGUAUGCAAAUCAAUUGAACUUUUCAUCUAAUACCUUUAAAAAUUCAGAUGCACAAACCUCAGCUGUUUAACAAUGCUUUCAUUAAAAGCACUGCUUGUCAUUUUUGGCUUAACUUGUUUGAAAAUGUGUAGGAGUUUUGCAAAAUUUUUAAGCACAUUAAGAUUACCUUCUGAUAGGAAACAUGUUGUCUAAUACUUCCUGGCUAUGGAGAUUAAUGCUGUAAUACUUGCUCUACAUAAAGUUUACCGUAUGAUAUUUCUUAAAAAAUGUCUUUGACGGGUAUUAAUUGGAAGGAAUAUUCUGGUGUUUGGUGUUAGGUGGAAGUUAUUCUAAGCAGACUGCAUACAAUGCUCUUUUACAAUUUUCCUUGUGUUAUGUUUCACUUUUCAAUGAAUACACUACAGACAGGCUGAAAAGCAUUCCAGAAUUUUCACCACAACCCUAUUCAAAGUCAGUAAUUAUACUAAGGAGACUUAACAAUUCCAGGGUACGCUGUGUCAUAUUAAAGAAUAUUUGAUAUAAAGAAUAUUUGGUAUAUUUUUAGUACUGAGUUGGCUUGAAACCCUCAAUUAGUUAUCUUAAUCUUAAUUAAAAUAUAUCCAGUCAGUUCUUCCCACUACGCCACUGAGGAGAAAAAAGCAGACAUCUUCUGUUAGAUGGUAAGACUUACAUAUAUUUUCCAUAGUAAACUAAAACAUAGGAAAACUUGUUUUUGUUUUCUGGCACACAAAUAAAACUUGUCCAGGCAUUAGUGGAAGAGUUUAUUCACUAGCCAGGCGGAGCUAUGGAAUUAGGGCAAGAACUUGGCCCUUUUGAACCAGAGCAAUCAUACUGAGAGAUUGCAAUCUCUAGUUCUUCUGAAAAAUGAUCCGUGUUCUCAUGUAUCACAUGCCAAGACAUGUAAAACAAGCCCACUUUUCAGAAAGUACUGAGAACCUGGACUCUUAAAUUGGAAUGAAUCUGAACACCAAACAUCAUUUGAUAUUGAUGUUUUGUCCUUUAGGCAAAGGAAAUCCUAAUAUAUUGGAAUUAAUGGCAAUUACAUUAUUAACAUCAUUGGGAAAGAAUUUCAGUGGUGUGGAAGAGUGAAACUUGAGGCAGGUACAGUGUACCAAUUGCAACAAAACAAGAUGUAAGAACCAGCAGCAGUCUAAACUUCCUAGAUCCAGAAAAAGGAGAUGUGAGAAUAUAGAAUGCAGAAUAUAACAAGCAGCAUUAUUAAGAAAAAGCUUCUGUUUUAAAAAAUGUGUUGAUCUGUACAGAAAAUGUGAUAGGUAGCAAGUAGUGAGCAAAACUAUGCAAAGUACAAGAGUAAUUCAAAGCUUGGAUUCUACUGGGUGUUUUUUUUUUAUUAAAUUAGUAGCCAUUAAUAUUUUCUUCAGAUGAAAAAUAGUGGCAUAAAACCAAAAGAAACAUGAUAGAUCAUACCCAGUCCUCACACCAGUCUACAAGCAACACAUC